ACGGUCACUCCCAGUCCAUCGGGAUUCCGCCGAUCCAGGAUUUGACCGUGACGUACGUCUGCUACCUUGCGUGGGACAGGCACGCGCCUCGUCAGUGCGCGUCUCCGCUGCCACGCUCGUGCCCGCAGAACCUAUCUGAGUCUAACCAGGGACGCAAGGCUAUGGCUACCGGCUUCUCUGACAGUGAACAGGCGCGGCGGGACCACCUCUCCAAAGCGACUUCGCUGGCCAGAAAAGUGCACAAGGAUGCCAAAGAAAUGCAAGAAAUAUACAGACAGAAGCAAGGCCUAAGUGAGGAAUUCAGUUAUGAUGAGGUGGAUGGAAUCCCGUCUUCUGGAGUUUCGAAGUGGAAUGAGCUGUCAGAUGAGGAGAGGCUGCGGGCGAAUGCCAGUGCCUUUCAUUCAUUGCAUUGCUUCCUGGGCAUCGUGCUGAAAGAGCAGCGAGAAGACCUGACCCCCGAAGAUGGCGAGUUCCAUGAGGCACUUCUCUCCCUGCUGGCUCAAGUGGAGACCUUGGCGGAAUCCACAAAGCAGCUCCUCCUCAUGUUUGGUCACGUUCCACCCAGUAAUGGGAUCAGCAGUCCAGAGCAGGACCUCACGUACUUCAAGAAGAAGCUGCGGGGCUACAAGGUGCUGCUGGAGCUCUCGACGUGGGCGCUCAGAGCCACGAGGGAUUUCACCAAACUUCAGAAGCAAUCCACGAGAAUCACAUCCACGAUGGCUGCCCCGGCGAUGCGCUCUGCAUCCAGGCAGAAAAAUCAGAAGAAGAGGGGAGGCUAUGGCAGGUGAUCCUCCUGUGGAGGUCCUCUGAGGUUCAUUAUUUUUGACGUUCCCGUGACUUGACAAACUAACUUUUUGCUCUUUGUGAGGUGUGAACUGUGUGUGGCAACGAGCAAAAAAUAGCAGCUAUAAACCGAGCAUCUAAUCAGCAAGCUGUUACUGCGCACCCAGGAAGGUCUAAAUAUUAUAAGUAAUUAUUAUUAAUUUUUACUCCUGGGCUUGACGUGAAUGUUUUUUUUUUCUUAAAUAUAUUCUUAUGCUAUGGUUGAAUAUACUUUAACCACCUGUGUCUCUCGAUUAGGAUGAAUAGUCAAACACACUGUUACUUGUUCAAAUGUCUUUUAUUGGUUACAGUGUGCGCUGACUUAUGCUGCAUUCCAUUUACCUCGGAGCUGGGAAUGACGCCACUCCCGAGCUAAUCACGUUCCGGUAAAACAUUCAGAAAACCAAAAUGGACGCCUUCAGGAAAAUCUUUGUUGUGCUCCCUCCAUCGGAAUAAAUAGCAGAUGAUAACAACGUAUUGGGUGGCACAUCCAAACACCGUAUUAGCAUGUCCACCGAUGUGUGUACGACUGAUUUAAUAGAUAGAUAGAUAGAUAGAUAGAUAGAUACUUUAUUAAUCCCAAGGGGAAAUUUACAUACUCCAGCAGCAGCAUACUGAUACAAAAAACAAUAUUAAAUUAAAGAUUGAUAAUAAUGCAGGUAAAAACAGACAAUAACUUUGUAUGAUGUUAACGUUUACCCCCCCCAGGUGGAAUUGAAGAGUCGCAUAGUUUGGGG